CCAGCUUCAAGUUACAAAAAAAGUUUUGCAUCUUCCUCACUUUGGAAAAGGAGAGGUUUAAAGACAAGUUUCGGACUGUGGGCGUAGUUAAUAUUUUAACAACCAUACUUAGCAUUUCAGACGCACUGGAUCUGCAGCUAACAGAAGCAAAAUUUGGUGAAGAUGGGUGACUGGAGUGCAUUAGGAAAACUGCUUGACAAGGUUCAGGCCUAUUCUACUGCAGGAGGAAAGGUGUGGCUAUCUGUUCUUUUCAUCUUUAGGAUCCUGCUUCUAGGAACAGCAGUGGAGUCAGCCUGGGGAGAUGAGCAGUCAGCUUUCACUUGCAACACUCAACAGCCAGGUUGUGAGAACGUCUGCUACGAUAAAUCAUUCCCAAUCUCCCAUGUCCGACUCUGGGUCCUGCAGAUUAUAUUUGUUUCUGUACCAACAUUACUGUACCUGGCACAUGUGUUCUAUGUCACAAGAAAAGAAGAAAAAUAUAACAAGCUAGAAGAAGAACUUAAACAAUUCAAAAAUGAAGGUGGUGACGUUGACAUACAUCUUAAGCAAAUCGAAAUUAAGAAAUUUAAAUAUGGCAUAGAGGAGCAUGGUAAAGUAAAAAUGAGAGGGGGCUUGCUUUGUACUUACAUUAUAAACAUAUUAUUUAAAUCUCUUUUUGAAGUUGCCUUUUUACUUAUCCAGUGGUACUUGUAUGGUUUUUCAUUAGAAGCAAUUUAUGCUUGUGAAAGAUAUCCAUGUCCUCAUAAGGUCGACUGUUUCCUUUCUCGUCCAACAGAGAAAACCAUUUUCAUUGUUUUUAUGUUAGUAGUUUCCUUAGUGUCACUGUUCUUGAAUAUUAUAGAGCUAUUUUAUGUCUUUUUCAAAAGUCUGAAAGAUCGUAUGAAAGGUAAAACAGGUCCUUUUUCUAGCCCUGCUGCUAAUGUAUCCACACUACCUAAAGAAAGUACUUCCCUGAAGUAUGCUUAUUACAAUCAGACUUCAUCUCCACUUUCUCCGGUGUCCCCCAUGUCUCCACCAGGAUAUAAACUUGUUACUGGAGAAAGGAAUAGCUCUUCCUCCCUUCGUAAUCACAACAAGCAGGCCAGUGAGCAAAACUGGGCCAACUACAAUACUGAACAAACUCGAGCAGAAAUGGCUGAUAUCACUAUUCCCAACUCUCAUGCUCAGACCUUUGAAUUUCCAGAUGGCCAACAGGACAGAGUAAAACCUACAUCUGCAUAUGAGGGACACCCGCUCACAUAUAUAGGUCAGCGGCCACUGAGCAGAGCCAGCAGUCGAGCCAGUAGUCGACCUCGACCAGAUGACCUGGAGGUUUAAUCUCAGCUUAGUAAAUAUUCUGCGGGCCAGCAACUUGCAUUUUUAUGGCUUAGUGGUAAUUACAACAGAAGUACUUUUAAGCAUGUAACUAAGACCUCAGACUCACCUAAUGACUUGACAUACCUACUUUUGCUAGCAGUGGUAAAUGGUAAUAUAGAAAAUGACAGGUUUUUACUAAGCACUGGCUACUGCAAUUGUAUGCCAACAAAUAAAACAUGUUAUAAAAGAAUCAAACAAACAUGAAGAAUCUAGGAAGAGCAAACAUGUGCAUGCAGGCUGUAGGAGCAGUCUUUCUAAGAAUCACUGAAAGUCCAUUCCUGAUGUUUUUUUCCUUCAAGCACAUUCCAUUCAAAUGCACUGCCUGAAAGAAAAAAAAAAAUAAUUUAACAAAACAAACAAAAAAAUUGUUGUAUAUGAUGUUGAUAAUGCAAGGAGCAGACAGACAAUGCUCUUAGGUUUUACAAACAGCUCACUAGAUUAAAUCUGCUUUCUAUAUAUUGCUGCAUUGUAUAGAUAUGUAAGUUUGAAUUUCAGUGACAUCUUUGUUCAGUCCACUGCUGCCUACAUUGCCCCAAGAUAAAGGAGUUGUCAGCCAUCAUCAGCAGAUUAUGGUGGUUAGGAGUUCAGCACUCACUAUAAAUGAACCCUUUCCAUUUAGCUUAUAUAAGCAUGUGAUGAGUUUGAUAACACAUGUAGGUAUGUAAAGGGAUACUCAAGUGACAUUCUAUAGUGAUGCAGGCAGUUGUAGGUCUUGGCCAGGGCUGGCGUUAUAACAAGGGUCUAUGAGAUAUUUGAAGCAUACAAAAAAACACAUGAUCCCAACAUUAUUUCUUCUGGUUUAUGUUACUUUGCAAGUGGUCUAGAUGGAGGAUGGAGCUAAAGAAUUAAUUAAAGUAAAACCUGAAUUAGGUACCUUGAUCUCAGAUUAUCUCUUAGGGUCACUUCACAGAUAAAUAUAUUUUUGUCUUACACAGUUUCCUCAACUUUCAAGUGUUAUCUAUUUGCUACAUUUUUCUUAUGUGUAGUACCCUUCUAUGACCUCUCUACUCAAGCAGAGCUGUCAGUUAAUUGUCUAAAUGACAAUCAUCAUCAUCAACACUUUUCCCACUUUGAUUUACAUAGAACAAGGUGCUGAUUUGACUUUUGGUGUCUUUCUUGAUCCAGUAUCACUUGUCUACCUUCAACAGCCAUGUCAGAAUGUUGCAGGUGUUCUCUCAUGCAAGCCAUUCAUCUCUUGGCUGGACAUUCCUGCUGUCUGUUUUUCUUCCUGUCUGUCCCAAGUUUGCUUUAUCAUAUCAGCUUCUGCUUUCCUAUGUAUGUGGCUGAACUAACGCAAUCUAUUUUCCUUGAGCACCUCUGCAAUUGGGGCUUUGGCUCUGAUGUUUUAAUGUCUACAUUUGUCCUUUAGUGUGCAUCCUGCUAUUGUUCUCAUGUACUUUACCUCCAUCUCCUCAAGCUUCCUCAGCUGCUCUGCCUCAGUUUUCUGCACCAUUGUUUUGUGUAUCUAACUUUUUAGCUUCUUUGGCUUUCUUUUGUUAAAGACUACCCCUGACAAUUUGUGCCAUUUUGUUGUAGCACCUGUGAUUCUAGCUUUGACUUUCUCAUUCAGAUUUCCCUUCGCAGCAGCACUUCCCAAUUGUUUGAAUCUAAUCCUCUGCUGCAUUGUUUUCCUUCUAUCUAAGUUUUCAGCUUUAUCUGAUGUCUGCUAUGACCACUGUCUUGUCUAUAUUCAGAUUAAUCCCACGUGACAUCAGUUUCACACUGCAGUUCUCUAUCAUUUGUUGAAUUUACUCUUCAGAGUCUACUUGUAAUGCCACAUUGUCUGCAUAUAGCAGCUUUGUUGAUCUAUCCCGUCUGACCUGUUUUCCGAUGAAGUUCAUCACCAGUAUGAAAAUGUUUGGGCUUGUAGAUGAACCCCCUGUACACAUGGUCACACUGGGAACCCCUUUAUGAGCCUGAUCCCCAUUAAUGAUUGUGUCAUUUGGCCCUUGCUCAUAGUCUGCAGUUCUGCACUAAUUAUAUCCGUGUGUUUGUGCCUUCAGACAUUCACAGGACUGCCUGAAUCAGCUUUCUUUGGACCCUGCUAUAUGUUUUUUCCAAGUUUCUUCAUUUUCUACUUCUUCUCCACUAUCUGCCUCACAGCAGGCAUUGAGACUGUUGUACUGCAUCCAGAUUUUAAUCCAGACAACUCAUCUCCUCUCUUACUUUCUGCUACUGUGUGUAUUCAUUAUCAGUCACCCUCUCCAGCACUUUCUUGGAGUGUGGCUAGAAUUUCAUAUCUCUAUACUGCCUUUAGUUGGGAAUACUCCUUUGUUCUUGCAUAGUGGUAGUAAAACUGUUAUUCUCCAGUCAUCUGGGAUAUGCUACUCUCUCCAUACUGCGUUGAGUACCCUUAGGAGUAACUUCUCCCCUAACUCACUGUGCAUGUUGAUCAUAGCUGCUGUGACUGCAUCUGAGGCCAAUGAUUACUAGGAGUUCAUUUCUCUAGUGCACUUUGAAAUUCUUCUAAGAUGGCUUUUUCUUCCUCUUUCUUCACAGAUUGUGCAAGUAGCAGUACAGCUUCUGUAGGGUGUCAUUCAUUUAGAAGUUCCAGCUACCCUUGACAUUCUCUGGACAGGUGACCAGAUUGCUGUUGAUGUCUCUAAUAAAUGACAUCUGCUAACUGCCUCCUUUGUCUUACUCUCGUUGCCCUGUAACAUAAGUGAGCUUUUUAGUGCCAUCUUCUGAUUUACUCUCCAGAAGCUGCUAAAGUUUCUCUGAUGACUUGUUCUUUGCAAUUGUGACUGCUGUCUUAUCUUUUUUGUUAGCUAACCAGUAUCUCUUUAGCUUGGUCAGUCUUUUCUAUUUCGCACUAUUUUUUGCACUCCCUUUUUUAGAUAACUUGUGCUCCUUUAUUUUGAUAAUUGUCUAA